AUGCUGGACGUAGUCAUUGUCGGAGCAGGCGUCGCGGGCCUCUCGGCCGGCAUCUCGCUGCGCCGUGCGGGCCACGUUGUGCGCAUCUACGAGCGAUCUGACAUGGACAACGAGGUCGGCGCCGCCAUCAACGUCCCUCCCAAUGCGACGCGGUUUCUCACACGAUGGGGUCUCGACCCCAAGGCUUCUGGCUUCGUCAAGGCUGGGCCUGUUCAUUUCCAGGAUCCCGUCACGAUGGAGAUCACGUCGACGCUAUCACACGCCGACAACGAGGAGUUCUACGACGCCGAUCUCUGGUACGCCCACCGCGUGGAUCUGCACGAUAGCCUCAAGAGGAUAGCGACCGAUCCUGCCGGCCCGGGCGUUCCCGUCACCAUCCAUCCCAACUCGUGGGUUGUGGGAUACAAUCCUGAGUUGCCAGCUGUGCAUCUCCAAGAUGGUGACGAGAUUGAGUGUGACCUGGUUGUUGGUGCAGAUGGAAUUCACUCUAUUGCGGCUGAGACUGUCCUCGGCCGCAAGAAUCCUGCCGUUGCGCCUCUUCUCCAUAAUUGCUGCUACCGUUUCUUGAUUCCUGCCGAAGUUCUUGAGGAAGAUUCCGAGACCAAGUUUUGGAAUGAGGACGCUGAUGGACUCAUCCGUCUUUUCCCCGACAACAAGACCAAUAGGAGGCUAGUGUCAUAUCCAUGCCGCAACAACACCAUCCACAACUUCGUGGGUAUAUUUUACGAUGAAGACAUGAAGGACGUUUCCAGUGAAGAUUAUCAAGCCGAUGUCGACAAAGCGCAAGUAAUUGAAAAGUUCGCUGGGUUUCAUCCAAGCCUACUGGCUAUUAUCAACAAAGCAACUGAGAUCAAGCGAUGGCCACUGUUGUACCGUGCUCCGCUACCGACCUGGCGGAAAGGGAAGAUGGUCAUAAUCGGCGAUGCGGCGCAUCCAAUGCUACCUCAUCAAGGGCAAGGCGGUGCCAUGGGUCUUGAAGAUGGUUUGGCUCUGGGUGUCGUGUUUGCAGGUGUGUCUGAUAACUCUGAUCUCGAGAAGAGGUUGGACCUAUUUGAGAAGAUCCGUCGAAACCGUGCCAGUGCCAUUCAAAUUCUCAGCAACGUCGGAACCGACCAGUCCAGUCUCGUCGAGAAGGACCUCUUGGAAUUUGUCGCAGCAGAUGAGAUCCCGAAAAAUCCGCAAGAAAAUCUGGCUUUCAACUUUGGGUAUGACGUUGUCAAUGAGGCUAUCAAGAUCAUGGAAGAAUAUGAUCCGUCAUCUCAUCUUCCUCACGACUUCUUUGAGGAUGAUUCGUUCGACAUGACUCAUGUUAACGGAGAGUUGUCGAAAAUGAGUGGACUUGGUUUCAUCAAGGUCGAAACAUGCAUCAACAUCGACACUGAGUGA